CUGUUUUACGCACGCCCUGAGACUCCCGAUAGCCGGACGGCGCUCCGGUCGGUGAUUGGCUAGAGAGUAAUUACCUAUUCAUAAGGGGGCGGGCCGAAUCGGGCUGUCUUUGUUAACCAGAGAGGGCGCGGCCGCGGUGAAUUUCGCUGUGGGCUUCACUGAGCCGUAUUUGGCUGACCUGGAUUGCGGUCGAGAUGUCCUACAUCCCGGGCCAGCCGGUCACCGCCGUCGUGCAAAGAGUUGAAAUUCAUAAGCUGCGUCAGGGUGAGAACUUAAUCCUGGGCUUCAGCAUUGGAGGUGGAAUUGACCAGGAUCCCUCCCAGAAUCCCUUCUCGGAAGAUAAGACAGACAAGGGCAUUUAUGUCACACGGGUGUCUGAGGGAGGCCCUGCUGAAAUUGCUGGGCUGCAGAUUGGAGACAAGAUCAUGCAGGUGAAUGGCUGGGACAUGACCAUGGUCACGCACGACCAGGCCAGGAAGCGGCUCACCAAGCGCUCGGAGGAGGUGGUACGUCUGCUGGUGACGCGGCAGUCACUGCAGAAGGCUGUGCAGCAGUCGAUGUUGUCCUAGCAGCCUGCCACGGUCCCCAGCGAGUGCCUGCUGCCUGUUUGUACAGUGACACUACUUCUACUCUCUGCCCCUCCUCCUGGUGUUUGCCGAGGGCCGGGCCCCACCUCAGAAGGGCAGGAACUGGUCCCAGAGGCAUGUCCUUGAGGCCUGACCCACCCUCUCCUUCCCCUCUCCCACCACUGCCUGUGGCUCUGGGAGCAGCUCCCUCCCUUGGACACUGGGGAUUGGAAACAACAGCCUGCAGUGACCCCCGGCCCAGCCCCCAGCCCCCGCUGCCCAGCAGUGCUUGGGCAAGUGCGGAAACACCAAUUCCUGAGAGCUGCCACAAAGCUGGAAAAUGACAGGUGGGGCUGGGCCUUUCCCUGCAUGCACAGGUGGCAGGGCUUGGUCCUGUCCUCUUAUCUAAACUCUGCAGCACCUGUGCCCCAUGCUUGUCCCUGCAUUGCCCAAAUGGGAGACUGGCUACACUCACUACCAGAGGUGCUACAAAGGCUUACCUGGACAGAAGGUUUACCUGGACAGAAUCUGGGCAGGUUUGUGUCAACCCAUCACACCCCCACUUCCCCCCCAAAGGGCAAUGGCCUCCCCAGGAUCCACCUGCUUACAGGAUUUAGAUGAGGUUCAAGGCUGACAUUUCAGGGCAGCUCUCAGGAUUGCUGUUUUUCUCUAUGCCUGUGGGUUUAACUUUUGUAUUUUUUUAAUCACAACUUUGAUACAAAGCAUUUUUAUCUUACUAUUUGGAGAUGCCAAUUCUGCUUUUGAAUUUAGCUCACUAACUCGCAUCCGGGGGUAACAACUACUCUUGGCAAGUUAACAAGCCUUACUUUUGUUCCCGUGGCUGUGAGGCAGUAUAAUGCCGCCCCACACUUGACAUCUUGUGCCCAAUAAACCAUGCUGGAGUCCA